AUGAUGAUCCCCCACAUCCCCCACAAAAACUCUUCAAUCUCACGACAAAAUCUAUCGUUAAAAUCAACCUAUUCAUCAUCAAAAAUGUCAUUGAUAAAUUCCCCACCAACCAAUCCAUCCAAACCAUUUGAUAGUCCUUAUGUGAGAGAACAUGCAAGUUCUGAAACACUUCAGGCUUUAGAUCAACUAUCCCAACUACCCAAACCAGUGAUUGACUUGAAGUCUUUUCCACCACGAAGUGUGGCAGCAGUUUUGAUAUUACUUCAUCUUGUUCCUGGAACUGGUGAUCUUGCUGUGACAUUAACAACCCGCUCUCAGCGCCUUAGUUCACAUCCAGGGGAUACUGCUUUGCCUGGUGGAAGAGUGGAUUCAACAGAUGAAACAGUGGUUGCUACUGCACUGAGAGAAGCAAAUGAAGAGAUUGGAUUACCUAUAGAGGUCAUGUCACAAUAUGGCUAUCUUGGAACUCUUGACCCCUUCUUAUCUAGAAACCUCUUAGUAGUCUAUCCAGUUCUUUAUUUUUAUCUACAAUCCCCUGAAGAAUUGCUCAUUAAUCUCAAAGCCAAUGAGGAUGAAGUCUCAGAAAUAUUCCAUCUUCCACUCAAAGAUAUAUUAGAAGCCUCUCCUGAAAAUGUUGAUAGUAUAGGUAGUAAGCUAUUGUAUACAAGUAGAGAUCUCAAAUGGAUUCAUGGUACUACUUAUAGGUGGCACUCCUUUAGCAGUUCAAGUUUACCUUCUCCUCUCACUGGCUUGACUGCAGAUAUUAUUGUUUCACUUGUUACUUUUGCUUAUAGAACUCCAAAUCCUGGCUUUGGCCCAGUCAAGGCCCCUGGACAAGAAGAUUGGAAGACUCUUAUUGACUGGGCUUUGGCUGGUGAAGCUGGUAAAGAAGGUGAUCAACAUAGUAUCAUACGUAAAACUAGACCUACAGUUUAAUUCUUCUUGAUUUUUUUAUCAUUCAAUAUUUUUAUUAUUUUAGUUUCUGUUUGAUUUAUCUUUGGUAUAUUUGUAAUCUCAGUUGAUUGAUAUUGUCAAUUUGUUUGUUUAUUGAUUACAUGUCAAAUGUCAAAUUCAAAGAACAUCGUC